UAAAAUAAUUGCUGGAGGGGUUUAAUGUGAACGCUUCCACUCAUUCAUGCUUUCGUAGAUCUCAGCUGCCACUAAACAAUCUCAAUGCAGGGAACCAAACUAUAAGGAUGUCGAAUACAACACAAAAAGAGAGAUAUUUGUAACGAGUGUUUCUAAAUAUUGUUGGAUGGAUGUGUGUCGUGCAGUUCCUUGGAUCGGCCCCCUGUCCCGUCAAGCUGCAGCAUCGGGGGAAACCGACCCACUGGCCGGAGCUGGGUGGAGCAGUGACCGCCUGUAGCAUGAUGUCCUACCUCAAACAGCCCCCCUACGGCGUCAACGGCCUGGGGCUCAGCGGCGCGGCCAUGGACCUGCUGCACCCCUCAGUGGGCUACCCAUCCACCCCCAGGAAGCAGCGCCGGGAGCGGACCACCUUCACCCGCACGCAGCUCGACAUCCUGGAGUCUCUGUUCGGCAAGACCCGCUACCCGGACAUCUUCAUGCGGGAGGAGGUCGCCCUGAAAAUCAACCUGCCGGAGUCCAGAGUGCAGGUGUGGUUCAAGAACCGGCGGGCCAAGUGUCGCCAGCAGCAGCAGAGCGGCAGCAACGCCAAAGCCCGGCCGCCCAAGAAGAAGUCCUCCCCGGCCCGGGAGAGCACGGGCUCCGAGAGCAGCGGGCAGUUCACGCCGCCCGCCGUCUCCAGCGCGGGCUCGUCCUCGUCCUCCUCGUCCUCCGCCGCCGCCAACGCCAACCACACGGGCCCGUUGGCGUCGGCGUCGGCGCUCAGCAGCACCUCUACCUCCAUCAACGCCGUCUCCUCCAUCUGGAGCCCCGCCAUCUCCCCCGGGAACGCCGCCGCCGCUGCCCCCGCGUCGGCGGCCCCGCUCCCCGACCCCGGACCCGCCUCCAACGCCUCCUGUAUGCAGCGUUCGAUGACGGGCUCCGCCGCCGCCGCCGCCGCCACCUCCUACCCGAUGUCCUACAACCAGACGGCGGGCUACGGCCAGGGCUACCCGGCCCCGUCCGGCUCCUACUUCAGCGGCGUGGACUGCAGCUCCUACCUGGCCCCCAUGCACUCCCACCACCACCCCCACCAGCUCAGCCCCAUGACGGCCUCCUCCAUGCCGGGCCACCCCCACCACCACAUCGGCCAGUCGUCGGGCCACCACCACCACCACCACCACCAGGCCUACGGCGGCUCCGGCCUGGCCUUCAACUCCUCCGACUGCCUGGAUUACAAAGAGCAGACUGCAGCCUCCUCGUGGAAGCUCAACUUUAACACCACAGACUGCUUGGACUACAAGGACCAGGCCUCCUGGAGGUUCCAGGUCUUGUGAUCCAGCUCCCCCCGCCCCCCUUCCUGCUCGCCAGCUCCCUCCUCCUCCUCUUUUCCCAGAUUAGCUUGUUUUUCAAAAAGACAAAAAGAGUUUAUGAACCACGAGAUCAGCAAUCAGACUUUUUUUUUGGUUUUUCGUCCUUCACGUCUUUUAAAAAAAGAAAAGAGGGAGAACCCUCAACAUCAGAAUGUUUUUGAUUGUUUUUAAAGAAGCACUCUGGAUGAUUUUAAGAAACUACGAGAGUCAUUUCCACCCGACUGCUUUUGAGCAGCAGCUCUCCGGACGGGAGGAAUAUUUUCCGAACUGUGCGCCUCUUUACCUCCGAACCCCCGAAUCAAAUCCUGUAUAGUUUUUAUUUCUGAAAUUGGUUAUUUUAGGAUGGCAGAGAUUUUUAGUCAGCGACGUCGAAGGAGCUGAAAUAUGUAAAUAUGUAUUUGGGUCAGUUACAUUGACCGUGUUUUUAGUUGGUGUUUUUUUUAGUUUUUUUCGAAUUUGAAAUUGUUUAAUUACCACUUUGGGAGAAAAAAAAAAGUAUACAAAAAAAAAAUAAUGUAUGUAAAUCUUUCCAAAUAUUCCAAAGAGAACAAAUUGGCCAUAAAGUUCAGCUUUUUUUUUUUUUUUUUUUUCCAUAAACGUUGUUUUACUCGUAAA